AUGCUGCUGCUGUGGGCACUGCUGGUAUGCUGGGGGCAACUGCCCCAAGCCCGAGGGAUGACCCAUGGUCCUCUCUUCCUCUGUAUUAACAUGGACCAGCUUGAAUCAGACAUUUCAGAUCUGUUCUCACAGCAUGGGGUCAUUACGCGUAUGAUCAUGAUGACUGUGGCUGGAUCCCCAAAUGAGGCGGUGUCUGUCCUGGACAACCUGCCCUUCGUCAAAAAUGAUUUUGUCAAAAAGAAGAGUGGGCUGGACCUGUCACUCGUGGGGGACCUGCUCUCUGGGAAGACUGUGCCUGAGCUGAAGAAGCUACUGCAAACAGCCGGGUUGGUCAUAACAGAUGCCAAGGGACCGGAAGUCACCGUGCAAGUUCUAAGUGACAGCCUGCUGCAGGUCACACUGCGCUGCAAACUGUACCUCUCGUUCCUGGAGAUCCUGUGGCUAGAAGCCAUCAAGAACAUACGCAUUGGAGUACGGCUAGAACAGAUAGGGAACAAGACCCAGGUGGCUUUCGAGGAGUGCCACACACCGCCUGGGAGCCUGCACAUUAAGGUCCUGAACCGAAAAGACUCCCAGUUGCCAAACCAACUGCUGAAACUGGUGACUGAAACCGUGGAGAAAUCACUGCCUUUCCUCCUCCAGAAGAUAGUGUGUCCUGCGAGUACAGACCUGCUCAACUUCCUGCUGGAGGACCUGCUACACAUCACUCUCCCUCCUAUCGUCUCGGGUCCUAAUGAUUUCCAGUACUAUUUGGCCAGCACAGAGCUCACAGAAGAAGCCAUCCUGAUGAGACUGCAGCUUGUGACUCCCUGUGGCCCACACCAGCGGGCCCCAAGGCCAGAGCAUGUGGUUCCCCCGCCUCUCCCAGGAUUAACUGAGAACAGCAUGGCAGACCUUGCCUUUUGGCUAGAAAUCUACAAUGACAUCCUGUCCUGUCUCUACACCAUCCAGGAGAUCUUCGUGGAGCCCCAGGACCCCUCAGAAACUGACCUCUGGGAGCUGCUGUCCCUGAGCAAUCCAGAGUCCGAGCCAGAGACAUUUAAUCUGACCAGAGGGAGCCUGGGCCUGAUCAUCAGCACCCCGGACCCCCCCACUGUCCACAUGGAUGGCCUCAGGGCCACUGUCACCCAGCAGGGCUCACUGGCACUGCAGGGGAGCAACAAUGCCUCCUCUGGUGCAGUUGCCUGGCAACUCCUCUCCAAGGCUGCAUUCUCCUCAAGGAGUGAGAAACUGGAACUCCAGUUUACGCCACACAGCGCUGUAGUCACCUUGAGCUCUUAUCCCACCAUCAUUGAGAAGCAGGAAGAGCACCUGAAGUCCUUGCUCUGGGCGGUCCUGAAGAGGCACUUCCUGCCUCAUCACAACAGGUGGCUCAGAGAACAUGGCCUCCCACUGCCCGACAUCAGGGGCAUCUCUUUCAGCCAUGCCCAACCGAACUUCUCUGAGGAUUACAUCCACCUGACCAUUCCUGAGUAGCUGCUCUGCACAGGGCCAGACCCUGCCC